AUGGAGCUCUCCUUACAUAGUCAGGCAGAUUGUUCCAUAAUCUUGAGGUGAUGUAAUGAUAUGGCCUAUGCAUAAGUCUACUGUUAUAGGCAGGCUGAUUAAGCUUGCAGAAGCCUCUGAAGUCAUAUUCAUUAUUACGAGAUAAGAAAAUCUUGUUAAUAUUAUUGGGCCCCAUAUUGUAUAAGGAUUUGUUAAAAAGGGAGAGAGCAUGAGAAAAUCUACGAUGUACUAGGGUCUUUAGUCCAACAUAGGUAAGUAGGUCGCUAUAUGAGGUUGACUUACCCAUUUUCAAAAGAGUUCUAAUGGCGUACUGAUUAGUAAGCUCCAGUUUAUUAGAAAGACCAGAUGAUAACCCAGCGAACACUGGAGCACAGUACUCUAGGUGUAGCAAAAUAAAGGCCUUGUAAAUAUUAACCAUCACUUCUGAAGGUACGAAUUUACGAACUCUCCUAAGAGCACUAACUUUAACAUUAACCUUAUUACAAACAUACUUAAUAUGGGCUUUAAAAGAUAGGGAGCUGUCAAUGGUUAGACCUAGUAACUGCAUAUCGCGUACCACCUCCAAGGGUGGCCCAGUACGGUCAGCAAACAAUUCGUAGGAUGGCGGAUUGUCACCCAAAGGUAACACUUUAGUUUUAGAUUCGUUUAUACUAAAGUAAUUACACCUGAACCAUGACUGAAGCACAUCGAACUUGCUCUGAAUUCUUGACUCUAACACAUCUUGGUUAGGGUGUGAUAGAUUCAGUGUCGUAUCAUCAGCAUAAAGCCUUAGCUUAGCAUCGUCGACAGAAUAAGUGAGAUCAUUAAUGAAGAGGUUGAAUAAAAGAGGCACCAAUAUUGAUCCUUGAGGAACGCCGUGUUGGACUGUUUUCCAGUCUGAGUAGGUGUUUCCGAUCUUAACACGUUGCAAUCUAUCACACAAAUACGAGCGAAUAAGAUUUACCGUACUUUCGGUAAAGCCAUAAGCUUUCAACUUGGAAAUAAGUAGGCUGUGAGAGAUUGAGUCAAAGGCCUUGGAUACGUCUUCUGCAAUCGCAGUACAAUGAUCCUUAUUAUUCAGAGAAGCUCUGAAAUCAUCAGUCAUUUUAAGGAGAACAGUUGCACAUGAGUCGCCUUUCAAAUAAGCCAGACAGACUAUCACUUCGUAUUAGCUUUGCAAAGUCAAGCAUUUGGUCAUGUAGAACUCUUUCAAAGAUUUUAGGGAAACAUGUUAACACAGACACUGGACGAUAGUUGACCUUAUCAGUAGGACUAUCCUUCUUGUAAACGGGGCUCACAUUGCUAUGUUUCCACAAGCUUGGCCAUGCAUUUAUGGUUAUGCAGUGGUUUAUAAGGUUAGUAAGUGGAACUGUCAAUGCCUCAGAGGAAAUAGUAAGAACCUUUUGUGAUAUUUUAUCUGGUCCAGUGGCCUUCUUCUCAACAUGGCGGAAGGACAAUUGCAGAUGAUUACGUCUCCGACUAAUUUUAUGGACACUAAGGCGAUUAGCAAAAGCAUGUUCAGACAAAAUAGGACUAUGAGCAGCAACACCAUCUAUGAAGUGUUUGUUGAAAAUAUUACCUAUUUCCAUGUUGUCAAUAAUCAACCAUCCUUCCUCCAAACGUUGUAUAUGUUGUUGUUGAGUACUUUUGGAAGGUAAUAAGGCUUGAAGUUUUUCCAGAAUUCACCAGGGUAAGCACAUUCAGCAGAAGCCUGGAUGAAAUAGGAUUUCAUAGAAAGAAUGUUGCCAUGGGUGACCUGUGAAAAAGCCUAUGCGUUGAUCGUAUUAUUCUAUUUGAAAAGGUGAAGCAGUUCUUAUUUCAUAUUCUAUCACCAAACAUUAGGCAGCAGCAAGAGAGGAUAAAGGGGACAUAGAAAGCAUCCCCUAUACACACCCUAUUCCAUAGGUAAUUCGUCUCGAGUUAUUUUUAAGACCAUAGAUCCCAAGGGGGACUAGACAUCAGCCAAUUACAUAGUGCGAAUGUGUUCCGCGUGGAUGACCCACGCUCAGAGCCACGCGUCCUUCACGAAUUGACGCAGAAAAAAUGGCAGAAGACAGGGAGAGCGAUAUUGCUAUUUGUUUUGACGACGGAAACGACUAAAGAGAGAUUUCUGCUAAGGCUGUGUCAGCGAAACGGAAAUUAAAAAAGAAUCGCCCUUCCUCUCUUGUAUAGAGCUAACAGUACGGCAGGGAAAUCCUUAACACACUGAAUAUUCUCUCAGGAUCAUUUACAAUUUACAGUUUAUUAUUCAACAAAAAUAACACUUGGCGUCCUACUUGCUUUAUUAUACAAACGACCGGUUUCAACAGACUGGGGCAAUUUCUCAUUUUAUUAAAGCACUGAGGUUACGACAACUUCGAGUUAAACUAAUUUCAGUUGUUGUCAAAGAGUCCAGCGAUUCCCUUUUCCCAGGUGAGCGCCGACUCAUUUGGCUUCAAUAUUCAGAAUGCUCUCUAUCUCUUUACACUUUCAUUGCCUUUCGCCCGACAUGUUUUGCACGGCGUUUAGUCAUGCGAAACCUCCACGAAACAUCCACGCAGCGCGCGAGGUAACUUUAUCCCGAUUCUAAAAAUAACUCGAGACGAAUUACCUAUGGAAUAGGGUGUGUAUGGGGGAUGCCUUCUCUGUCCCCUUUAUCCUCUCUUGCAGCAGUCAGUUUGUCUAUAAGUUUAAGUUUAGCACUAUCUUGUGUGAACGUGUGAUUGUGGUUAACGAGGGGUAGCUGUUGUAAGAGCUGAAAACGUUGCCUUGAGUAUAUUGCUUAAUUAAAUGGUUUCAAAUAAUCUUCAAAGAACUCUUGUCCUCUUGAUCCCAUCGCAACCAAACUUGUUAUUGAAUGCCUUGAUGUGCUACUGCCUUCGAUGAUCACAUCACAUCUUUAUUCUGGAUACUUUCCCCGUGCUUAAAAGCGUGCUUUGGUACGGCCCCUGUUAAAGAAAGAUGGUUUAAAACUCGUCUUUAAAAAUUACAGACGUAUGUUUCAAGACUUGUCGAGACUGCAGUUUCUAAGCAAUUACAACAUGUUGGCCAAUAAUCUGUUUUCAGCGUCACAAUCAGCAUAUCGUCCGAUUCACAGCACAAAGACUUCAUUGCUGAGAGUCACCAAAGAGAUUUUUCUUAAUAUGGACAAUCAACGUGUUACUUUGCUUCUGCCACUAGACUUAAGAACCGCUUUUGAUACCGUUGAUUUACUCUCUUGCAUCGGCUCCAGUUUUCAUUUGAUAUCCAAGGAAAGUUCUCUCUUGGUUUAAGUCAUAUUUGUCGCAAGUAUUUAUCAAUGACAUACUCUCUAAUGAGUUAGGCUUGGAAUGUGACGUGCCUCAGUAGGAGCGUACCGUCCACACACGCACCUACGCCCGUGCGUACUUGUACAGCUGAAAUAUGGAAAAAUUAUAUACUUUUUAUUUCCUUGGAUUUUUCGCACGAUAUUGUCGUUUAAUAUUGCAUAACUCUGAUGACGUCACUGGCCUCUUUUUUCCAUAAACACUGUACCCUGUCGACAACACUAGAGAUGGGUAAAUAAACAACUUACUACUGCACUUUCCUACGUAUUAAUUUACUAAAAAUGUGCGGAAAACGCUGGAAAUAGCAUUUCCGAGACCCUAAGGUGAAACAUUUUCUGGGGGAGCAUGCCCCAGUCCCCCCUAGGUUAGGCCACUUUCGGCACUACAACGUUUCUUCCCACGCUUGCGUACACCUUCAAAAUCUCACGUUAUGCUCCAAGGUUCCCGUCUAGGUCCCAUACUGUUUACACUGUAUACUAGUAAGUUCUUUGAGUUUGCCAAAACUCAUCUGCCUGAAGUUCAUUGUUAUGCAGAUGAUACACAUGCUCACAUUUCUGUUAUUCCUAAGCUUAAGUCAGCGUUAAAAAGCAUGGAAAAUUGCUUGUCGGAUAUUCGUUUGUGGAUGUUGAAUGACAAUCUUAAAUGGAAUGACGACAAAACUGAAUUUUGCAUUACUGGCACAUCACAACAGCUGGAAAAGGUCAACAUCACGAGUUUCCACGUAGGGUUUGACUGUAGGCUGUCCAUGUCGAAGCAUGUUAUAGAGAUCUGCAGUUCUUCAUUCUUCUAUUUGUACAACAUACGCCACAUCAGGAAUUAUCUCUCACAACGCCAACCGAGACACUCAUUCAUGCAUUCGUAUCCAGUUGUCUUGACCACUGCAACUGCCUAUUAUAUGGCCUGCCUGGUUCUCACUAAUUAGCGACAACGUGUACAGAAUGCUUGUGCUGAUUUUUAAUGAACACAAAUUUUGUCAUAUAACGCCCCUUAAUACACUGUUACAGUUAACGUUACCAGUUGCACUGGUUACCAAUUGGAUUUAGAAUUGAGAUUAAAAUUCUUUUGAUUAUCUCACUUUUAAGAUUCUUCAAGGCUUAGCUCCGUCUUAUCUCUUUUUCCUCUUGGGCGUCCAUCGAGAUAUAAUCUUAGGAACUCAAAUGAUAAUCUUUUACUUAGUUGUCCCAGUUUCAUAUCCAGAGCAACGCUUGCGAUAGGUCCUUCAUUUACGCUGCUCUAAGGCUCUGGAAUCCUUUGCCAUUUGAUGUCAAAUGCGCCAAGUUUGUCGAUGUUUUUAAAGAAAAGCUUAAAACACACUUAUUUACUUCAGUAUUUUUAUUAUCAUAACUUAAAUCUAUCUUUUUUUGUAUUUUACUAUGUAUUAUCUUAUUGUACAUUUUUAAAUUUAAACUACUAUUUUUAUCUAUUUUAAUUUAAGUCUUACUUUCUAACUGACUGUCAUGCGCAUUUGAACAUUUUUAUGGAAAGUUGCGCACUGAAUGUAUUAUUGUUAUUUAUUUUGAAAACAGUUCUGCUGCAGUUAGUUUGACGCUGACUGCCCAAAAGGCAAAGAUUGACUGUACUGUAGCGCUUUAGAACGGAAAUAAAUUCUGACCUAGUAAUUUGCAUUAUAAGUGUUGAGUUUUUGUCCUUUUUUCUUAUUUAGCUUAGUUGUCUGCAAGCCAAACAAUGAAGAACGUCUUGAUGAUACUGGCUUUAAUAGCCAUAGUUGCUGCUGUGCAAUCCAUGCCUGCUGGUAAGUGCUAUAACGACAAGAAUACUGGUCAACUAUGGCAAACUAUUUUUUUUUUUCAUGAAAUAACAUUCAUCAAAACAGCUUGAUUCGUUCUUUGAUUGGCCUGGCGAUUAAACAUUCUUAAUAAACUAAGGUUGUUAAAAAAAUCUAUCGUUAACCUUUUUAACAAUAAAGUAUGAAUUCGUUUAUCAGAGUAUUUCCAACAAUAUCUGGAUAAAACUCAACUAAACUUGAUGUUAGGCUGUUGUAUCAUGUGUAUCAGGUAACUAUUGACUAAAACUGUUUGUUUUUUAGACACUCAUGAUGCAAAGGCUCGUAAUUACGUUCCAGAAAGCGCUAAUGCUACAGACCCAGGAGCAGCUGAGCCAUCAGAGGCUGACAACGAUUCAACUCAGAGUGAACCUGAGCCCACUAGUGAGGAAGCCAGCAGUGAUGUAACGGAACCUAAGGAAGACGAAACAGCAGUUGCUGAUGACAGUAACGAUGACGAUCUUGAUGACGACAGCGUUGACGAGAAUGACGAAGAUGACGAGGAAGAUGAAGAUGACGAAGAUGAUGAAGAUGACGAGGAUGAUGAAGACGAUGAAGAUGAUGAAGACAAUGAAAGUGAUGGCGAUGAUGAGGACGACGGUGAUGACGAGGAUGAUAGCGAGGAGAGCGAUGAGGAGUAG